GGUUGUCCCCACUAAACUGUUUUGCUUGUAUGUCUUCUGAUGUUGAUCUGCAGGACUUGACAAUGGCAUUGCACAUAUUGGCUUGAGAGUCGAUGUUCUGAAAGUAAGCAUUAGCCUUAAUGCUGUAUGUGGAAUGUGUCCUUCCUGCGUGAAUCUUGAAUUUUGCUAGGUACAGUGUUAAAAGUCUGAGGCAUUCAUAUGUAUUAGGUGGACCAGACACUAUUACAAGAUUAGUGAGAAUUGGAAAGCGGAGAUAACUUAUGAAUUAUGUUUGAGCUAAUUCAGCAGUUGAAUGGACUUGUGAGGGCCUGACCUGAUCUGUCUCUUUUCCUCCUUCUGAUCCUUUGUCCCUUGCUUCUAUAAUCUUCUCUUUAUAGUUAUUUUACGUUCUCAAAUCUGUUAGAAAUGCAGUUGCUAAAGUACAUACCAGGCUUGCAAACUUGAUUGUUUCACUUGUGUGUGUAUGUGUUGCUUUAUGCUUUUGAGUCCCUCCACAGCUUAGGUCUUAUUUGCCAGUGGUACUGUGUUGUGGCCAUGGAUUCCAAACUCUAACGUCCAACAUUCGGUUGUUUCAAUAAUAGCUGUGCUGCUGCUUGAAUGAUAUUUUGAGGAUGGUUUUUGCCCACUGGUUCUUCGUUCUUUUCUCCAUGUUUCCCUGUGAGGCAAACCUUGCCAGGAGCCUUACAGAAUGCUACCUAUCAAGACUAGGCAGUAGUAAAAGAAGUGGAAAACAAGCACUGCAGAACAAUGAGCAGAAAGAGGGAAAGAAGGAGCGAGCAAUGGUGGACAGAGUGUUUAUUGCAAGAAUAUGUCGAAUCCUGAAAAUAAUGGUCCCUAGAACACUUUGCAAAGAGACAGGUUAUUUGCUGCUUAUUGCUGUGAUGCUGGUAGUCCGCACUUACUGUGAUAUUUGGAUGAUUCAGAAUGGAACAGUCAUUGAAAGUGCUAUCAUUGGCCGCAGCAGGAAGGAUUUCAAGAAAUACUUGUUCAACUUCAUUGCCGCAAUGCCCGCUAUCUCUUUAGUGAAUAACUUCCUGAAGUAUGGUCUAAAUGAACUGAAACUUUGUUUCCGAGUAAGACUUACCAGAUACCUCUAUGAGGAAUAUCUCAAAGCUUAUACGUACUACAAAAUGGGAAAUCUGGACAACAGAAUAGCUAAUCCAGAUCAACUCCUUACACAGGAUGUGGAAAAAUUCUGUAACAGUGUAGUGGACCUGUACUCAAACCUUAGCAAGCCCUUCUUGGAUAUAGUUUUGUAUAUCUUCAAGCUAACAAGUGCUAUAGGAGCACAGGGUCCAGCUAGCAUGAUGGCCUACUUGAUUAUUUCAGGGUUUUUCCUUACACGUUUAAGGAGACCAAUUGGCAAGAUGACUAUUAUAGAACAAAAAUAUGAAGGGGAGUACAGAUAUGUCAACUCACGUCUCAUUACAAACAGUGAAGAAAUUGCUUUUUAUAAUGGAAACCUGAGGGAAAAACAGACUAUUCACAGAACCUUCCGUAAGCUGGUGGAACACUUGCAUAAUUUUAUCCUGUUCCGGUUCUCAAUGGGUUUCAUUGAUACAAUUAUUGCCAAAUACCUUGCCACUGUGGUUGGUUACCUGGUUGUUAGUCGUCCAUUUCUGAACCUGUCUGAUCCUCGUCAUCAGAACAGUACUCAUGCAGAACUUUUGGAGGAUUACUACCAAAGUGGAAGAAUGUUACUGAGAAUGUCUCAAGCUUUGGGCAGAAUAGUCCUAGCAGGCCGUGAAAUGACGAGAUUGGCUGGAUUUACAGCUCGAAUUACAGAACUAAUGCAGGUUCUGAAGGACUUGAAUAGUGGCAAAUAUCAGCGUACUAUGAUAUCACAAGAAAAAGAUGCAGAUAAAAAGCAAGCUUUGUCCUUGAUACCUGGAUCUGGAGAAAUUAUCAACACUGAUAACCUUAUCAAGUUUGAUCAUGUUCCAUUGGUGACACCUAAUGGAGAUGUUUUGAUUGAAGACCUUAACUUUGAGGUCAGAUCUGGUGCAAAUGUACUGAUCUGUGGGCCAAAUGGGUGUGGGAAGAGCUCACUGUUUCGUGUUCUUGGUGAGUUGUGGCCUUUGUUUGGUGGGCGUUUAACGAAACCCGUAAGAGGGAAGUUGUUCUAUGUUCCCCAGAGACCAUACAUGACUCUUGGAACGCUCAGAGAUCAAGUUAUAUAUCCAGAUACUUUGGAAGACCAGAGAAGGAAAGGGAUUUCUGACCAGGUGCUGAAGGAGUACUUGGAUAAUGUCCAGCUGGGUCAAAUCUUGGAACGUGAAGGAGGCUGGGAUAGUGUUCAGGAUUGGAUGGAUGUACUCAGCGGGGGAGAAAAACAGAGAAUGGCAAUGGCAAGGUUAUUCUAUCAUAAGCCCCAGUUUGCAAUACUGGAUGAGUGCACCAGUGCUGUUAGUGUCGAUGUAGAGGGCUACAUUUACAGCCACUGCCGAAAGGUUGGCAUCACCCUCUUCACUGUUUCCCACAGGAAGUCACUCUGGAAACACCAUGAUUUCUAUUUGCAUAUGGAUGGCAGAGGAAACUACGAGUUCAAGAAAAUAACUGAAGACACGGUGGAAUUUGGAUCUUAAAGUCAUUAACUGAACUGCUGCAGAGACUGAUGAUUACAGGAAGUGUGUAGAAUGUCAGAAAAUGUACCAUAAAAUUACUCCAGCUUGUUAAGCAUUUACUAUGAUGUAGGAUAUUGCUAAUUGUGUAUAUGUUGGUUUAAUUAUUGGUAUGUACUAAGAAUGUCCUUAUUCUUGUGGUUUAAAAACCUGCCUAAAUUAAAUUGGGCUUAAAUUGGUGUAACCUGAUUCAUCCUGGGAUGCAAACCAUUUGAAAUCGGCUGAUUUGACUUUUGUAGACCUUCUUUCCCUUCACUGAAAAACCCUGUUAAAAUUAGGGUUGCUACCUCUCUUGUUCCUGCAAAGCAGUCUUGGAUUUUUGCUCUGUUCUAUGCAUAUUUCAGAGUGAUCUUAUGCAGUGCAGGACAUUGUCCCAUCUUCAGAUCUGUGCCCUCUGAAAUGAAAGAGCCUUUUCGUUGUCCAAGCCUUGUGAUGUAGCCAAUGUGCCCUUGCUGAAAAAGGAUGAACUGAAACUAAAAGACAAAACUAAUUCCUUCUGGUGGUUAAAAAAAAAAAAAAAUUAAGCUUGUUCUUUGCUGGGUUUUGGAUUCUCUUUAGCAUCUGUCUGUCCAUGCAGUUCUCUCUGCAGCUCAGCAAUCUCAUUGCCUCCCAGUUUAGCAAGAGCUUCAUCCAUCCCCUACCCCAAAUGCUGUUUUUCUCUCACAAAUACUGUGGUAAUGAAUAGUUGAGAGGAAGCUGAGGGAGGAAAGGACUGACACACAAAAGAAAGGGGGAAAGAAAAGAGAUUAUAUUUGUAUCACACAAUCUUGUGAAUGUUUUUAGCUCUGAAAAAAAUGAAUGACUCCCACAAGAAGAAACAGAGAAAAGAGUAUGGGUCUAGUCAUUCCUCUCCUUAAAUCACUAAAGGUUAGAAUGGGCUCAAACAUGUUAAAGCAGUUACUUUUUCCAAGUUCCUCCUUUUCUCCCUCUUCAAAAAAUCAGAUCUACUUAUGGUCUGAAUUUGAAAGUAAGGAUAAUGGUACUCCAUUUGGUCUUCUGGGCUGUGAAGCCAGAAGCAAUGCUUUCAUUUUUAUGUUUAUUCUCUUAUUUGUCAUGAUGUUUCUUGAUUUCUGAUACAAAUUAUUUACUAGUGAUUCUUGCUGUUGUCUAAGGAUCUCUAGUCCUUGCUGCUUUUUUGUUGCAGCUGCCAAAUCCCCGUGAAGAAACCAAACUAUUAAGAUGGUUUCCUGGGACAGUUUUUUCCAUACAAAUGAUUACUGUGGUUGUCAUUUGACUUUGACAAACAUAAAUGAAGCAAGGUGUUUUUUGUGAUCAGGGAAUAAGAAGGUAUAAUUCAAACUGAAUUGCAGUUUAGGCUUUAAAACAAAAAUUUACAAUACCUGUUGUACAGUGAAGGUCUAGUAGUUUUUUAGUGUUCCAUGUAAGAUACAAUAUAGGAAUGCACUACAUGAAGGCAUGCAUAAAAUAUGCAAUACAUCACUUCUCUGUGCAUCUUUUAUCAAGGGUUUAGGUUAAAAAAACCACCCUGAGUUUUUAUAAAAUGGGUAUGUACUUGGAUGCACUGCUGAUCGUUAAUUUUUACCCAGUUUGAUUAGUCAUGAUCUUUCAUGCUGAAAUUGUUGUGUGUUAAUAUUUUUUCCUUUUAUCACAUUUCUUGCCCCUACCUGCCACUAUUCUUUCAGAGUACUCAAAUGCUGGUAUAAGAAUCUAAUCACCACAGUAGAUUCAGAGUACAAUGCAUCAGUGAAAAUCAAAAAAAGCUGCUCUGUGAAGUAUAGCAUAUUCAAGAGAAUAAGGUACCAGAAUAAUUUUUUGUGCUUGUUUAACAAGAAGGUGAAUAGAUACCUGAUUUAACUAAUCUCUUUUUCCUGUUCACUCGGUUCUCACAUCAGCUGUAACGUAGCAGGUAGCAGCAUGCUGUAUGUGAGGUCGUAGUCUUUUUUUAAUUGUAACCAUGAAAAUAGGGAUGCCAGGUAGAUUGUUGUGUCAGGAGGUUUUUUUGGGUUGGGUUUUAUUUUGUCAAAGUUCUCAGCACAGAUGCAACUGCUUCUCUUGGAAGGGCUGUUUCAGUAGCCUUUCGGAGAGACAAAGUUAAAAUUAAUCUCUAAAAUGAGAAAGUCGCUGUGAUCUUUGUGAUUAGGGCAGUCUUUUGCAGUGGAGUAGUAAACUUGGGAUACUCUAAUGUAUUUUUUAAUGGUGACAAGCAAAACCACACACAGCACACUCACAUAGCCCCCCAGCAGCCAGUCCCAAUUGUACUUUACAAUUUAACUGGUUAUAACAGAAUUUUGUGUAAUCUCUUAUUUUUAAAACUAACAACAAACAAACAAACUAAAAUCCAUCUCCAAAACCGAGGAGGAAUAGGUUUGCCUUUAGAUGCCAUGAAGUUUGUUGAAACUGAGGAUGCUGGUAUCUCCUUAGGGCCAGAACUUAGUGUUUCUAAACAUACUGGAAGGAAAGAAAAAUAUUAUUCUGUGCUCGAUUGUAAGAAAGACUUAUAAAGAAAGUAUAAAAAAGAAUGAUGUUUUAGAAUUAUAUUCUUAAAAGGCCUUACACUAAAGUGUUUGAGAUAGACUUGAUCUAAUGGAAGAUUGUAAAAACUCUAAUGAAAAUGAUCCAAGUCUCAGUUCUGUUGCAGAAUUGCACUGUGAUACUGUAUUUUAGUUGUUAUGUUUCUUUAAUAGCACAAGCUGGAAGUUUGUAAAUUGGAAUUCUGCACUAUCUUGGUAAGACAAAAUACUGAUGAAUACUUUCAGUCUCAAACUGUUGGUGCUUUGAAGACGGUACUGGUAGUAGUCAGAUGGCUGCAUUUCAACAGUGGUGGGAAACAUUCCUGUGUGUAAAUACUGUAAAGUGUUUUGGAGGGGGAAAUGGCGCUAUAUAAAUGUAAGACAUUAAGUGCCUCUGAAAUAAUAAAUCUAAAGAUAAAAUAUA